AUGUCCUCCUCCUCCCCGCACGGCAGCACCUCAUCCCAAACCAUGUCCGCGAGAGCUCUUCUCCCGACGCUGCUCCUGCUCGUCGCUGCCGCCGCUGCCACCGCGGCGCGUGCGGGGGCCCCUGCACGGCCGCUCGCCGGCGGGUGGUUCCCGAUCAGGAACGUGAGCGACCCGCACAUCCAGGAGCUGGGCGGCUGGGCGGUGACGGAGCACGUCAGGCUGGCCAACGACGGGCUGAGGUUCGGCGAGGUGACGAGCGGGGAGCAGCAGGUGGUGUCCGGGAUGAACUACCGGCUCGUCCUCGACGCCACGGACGCCGACGGGAAGCUGGCCGCGUACGGGGCCUUCGUGUACGAGCAGUCGUGGACCAACACCCGCGAGCUCGUAUCCUUCGCGUCGGCCGACUGA